CGCCGCUGCAACCCGGAGACUGCUGAGCCCCCGUCCGUCUGCCGCCACCCACUCGGGACACAGAACAUCCAGUCAUGGAUAAAAAUGAGCUGGUGCAGAAGGCCAAACUGGCCGAGCAGGCUGAGCGAUAUGAUGACAUGGCAGCCUGCAUGAAGUCUGUAACUGAACAAGGAGCUGAAUUAUCAAAUGAGGAGAGGAAUCUUCUCUCAGUUGCUUAUAAAAAUGUUGUAGGAGCCCGUAGGUCAUCUUGGAGGGUCGUCUCGGGUAUUGAGCAAAAGACGGAAGGUGCUGAGAAAAAACAGCAGAUGGCUCGAGAAUACAGAGAGAAAAUCAAGACCGAGCUAAGAGAUAUCUGCAAUGAUGUACUGUCUCUCUUGGAAAAGUUUUUGAUCCCCAAUGCUUCACAAGCAGAGAGCAAAGUCUUCUAUUUGAAAAUGAAAGGAGACUACUACCGUUACUUGGCAGAGGUUGCUGCUGGUGAUGACAAGAAAGGGAUUGUAGAUCAGUCACAACAAGCAUACCAAGAAGCUUUUGAAAUCAGCAAAAAGGAAAUGCAACCAACACAUCCUAUCAGAUUGGGUCUGGCCCUUAACUUCUCUGUGUUCUAUUACGAAAUUCUGAACUCCCGGGAGAAAGCUUGCUCUCUUGCAAAGACAGCUUUUGAUGAAGCCAUUGCUGAACUUGAUACAUUAAGUGAAGAGUCAUACAAAGACAGCACGCUAAUAAUGCAAUUACUGAGAGACAACUUGACAUUGUGGACAUCGGACACCCAAGGAGACGAAGCUGAAGCAGGAGAAGGAGGGGAAAAUUAACCGGCCUUCCAACUUUUGUCUGCCUCAUUCUAAAAUUUACACAGUAGACCAUUUGUCAUCCAUGCUGUCCCACAAAUAGUUUUUUGUUUACGAUUUAUGACAGGUUUAUGUUACUUCUAUUUGAAUUUCUAUAUUUCCCAUGUGGUUUUUAUGUUGAAUACUAGGGGAGUAGAGCCAGUUAACAUUUAGGGAAUUAUCUGUUUUCAUCUUGAGGUGGCCAAUAUGGGGAUGUGGAAUUUUUAUACUAGUUAUAAAUGUUUGGCAUAGUACUUUUGGUACAUUGUGGCUUCACAAGGGCCAGUGUUAAAACUGCUUCCAUGUCUAAGCAAAGAAAACUGCCUACAUAUUGGUUUGUCCUGGUGGGGAAUAAAAGGGAUACUUGGUUCCAGAUACAGGUGUAGUUUUUGUGUGGGUACUUUAAGGUUUGGAGCACUUACGAGGCUGUAGUAGAAAUGGGUAUUCUGUAGAUACCGUGUAUGGAACCAUGAGAAUCUGUGGAAUACUCAACUCUCAGUGUGCACACCUUUGAUUACAGUUGCAGAAGUGUUCCUUUAGUUGUGACCCAAUUUACUCUGGAUAAGGGCAGAAACGGUUCACAUUCCAUUAUUUGUAAAGUUACCUGCUGUUUGCUUUCAUUAUUUUUGCUACACUCCUUUUAUUUGUAUUUAAAUGUUUUAGGCAACCUAAGAACAAAUGUACAAGUAAAGAUGCAGUAAAAAUGAAUUGCUUGAUAUCCAUUACUUUAUGUGUAUCAAGCACAGCAGCAAAAUAAAAAUCCCAU